GGCGGAUUUCAGCGGCGAUCGGGCGGCGGAGGGCUCGGAGCAUCCACCGCGGGCCCAGGGCCGGGCCGGGAGCAGCGGGAGCGGAGCGCGGGGCUCCGGCCGGCCGAGCAUGCACUGAGGCGAGCGGCGCCGCGCUCGGAGCCGCCCCGCUGCAUGCUGUGGGGACACACGGUCGCGAUAAUAAAUGAUAGAGGAUACAAUGACUUUGCUGUCUCUGCUGGGUCGGAUCAUGCGUUACUUCUUGCUCAGACCGGAGACCCUGUUCUUGCUGUGCAUCAGCCUGGCCCUGUGGAGUUAUUUCUUCCACACGGAUGAGGUGAAAACCAUUGUUAAGUCCAGCAGGGAUGCGGUGAAGAUGGUGAAGGGCAAGGUGGCCGAGAUCAUGCAGAAUGACAGGCUCGGGGGUUUGGACGUGCUGGACGCGGAGUUCUCCAAGACGUGGGAGUUCAAGAGCCACAACGUGGCUGUCUACUCCAUCCAAGGCCGGAGGGACCACAUGGAGGACAGGUUCGAAGUGAUCACCGACCUGGUGAACAAGACUCACCCCUCCAUCUUCGGGAUAUUUGAUGGGCACGGAGGAGAGUCGGCGGCGGAGUACGUGAAGUCGCGGCUGCCCGAGGUGCUGAAGCAGCACCUGCAGGACUACGAGCGGGACAAGGAGAACAGCGUGCUGUCCUACCAGAGCAUCCUGGAGCAGCAGAUCCUCUCCAUCGACAGGGAGAUGCUGGAGAAGCUCACCGUGUCCUACGACGAGGCAGGCACCACGUGUCUGAUUGCCCUGCUGUCCGACAAGGAGCUGACGGUGGCCAACGUGGGCGACUCGCGGGGCGUGCUGUGCGACAAGGACGGCAACGCCAUCCCCCUGUCCCACGACCACAAGCCCUACCAGCUGAAGGAGAGGAAGAGGAUUAAGAGAGCUGGCGGAUUCAUCAGCUUCAACGGCUCGUGGCGCGUGCAGGGCAUCCUGGCCAUGUCGCGCUCGCUGGGCGAUUACCCCCUGAAGAACCUGAACGUGGUGAUCCCUGACCCCGACAUCCUGAGCUUUGACCUGGACAAACUGCAGCCAGAGUUCAUGAUCCUGGCCUCGGACGGGCUGUGGGACGCCUUCAGCAACGAGGAGGCCGUGAGGUUCAUCAAGGAGCGCCUGGACGAGCCGCACUUCGGCGCCAAGAGCAUCGUGCUGCAGUCCUUCUACAGAGGCUGCCCCGACAACAUCACGGUCAUGGUGGUGAAGUUCAGGAAUAGCAGCAAAGCAGAGGAGCAGCAGUGAGGAGCCCUCAGGCCCACCGGGACUCAGAACAGGUUUGCUGUAGUUGGGAGCUCUGGCAACGCCGCCGGGGCUCCGCGGGAGGAGCGGAUCUCUCUGCGCUCUGUUCUCGGCUUGACAAAAGGAGCAAUACCACAAAUCCAUGCUGAGCCACCACAAGAAUCCAGAUUGUCCCCGUGUCCCUGCCUCCUGUGCCCUGCUGCUCCUUAGGAAGCCACUGGAAGCUGCCAUUGCUCACUUUUCUUUACCAGUCCUGCGUAGAUUUUUGGUUUGGGUCCUCCCCUCUCGGGCACGGCAGGGUCGGGGCACUGCUGCUGCUUUUCCCUCGUGGGUGUCAGUGCUCACAAGCUGCUCUCACCUUCCUCAUCUCCAAGCUGCAGUGAGAAGGGUGGACAGGAGAAGGGUUUGUGCUGUGGAGGAGGAAGAGGAGGCAACUCUCAGCCUGCUGCCACUGCUGGCUCUCGCUUUGUUUGAGCUCUCCCAAAAUAAACCCUGCCGAGCAUGUGAGUAGGUAGUGCUCCUGGAUCACCACGUUUAUUCAGGCUGUGCAUUACUCUAGAACAGUUCUUCUAGGCCAUAUUGUAUCCAAACCAAGCAAUGGUGAACUUCAGCAAAAUCCUGGGAGUCCUGAGCCUCCUGGAUGGGAACAGAGCUCAGCUGGGAUAGCAGAAUGUCUGUCCUUCACCGAGAAUCACCCUGACCUUAUUUCUGUGGCAAAGUGAUGGGAGAGGAAAUGAACUUCACUGGUGACUGUUGGGAGCCUCAUCCAGGCGUUCCUCAGAGCUGCCAGCUGGAAGUCAAGGCUGUGAAAGGCUUCCCUGUCCCACUGCAGAUGGAUUUGUGGUGUUAAUCCCAGGGCAGACCCCUCUGGAACCUUUUGGGGUGACAUGCAAAUGCCAGGCAGCAUCAAUGCACUGUAGAGAUGAAAGCUUGUGUUAAAUCUAGAUUUUAAAAGUAUGUUUAGAUCUAACUUUCAGUAUUUAAUUGUGUUUUGGGAUCUGUGACUGCUGUAAGUUGGAAUGAGGACAGUUUGAGUUUGAGUUUGCUGCACCUCUGGUAGCAGCAGAAGGACAGGGCAGGCAGGAUUUUGGAUGGAAUUUGGGUAUCCCCAUCCUGCCUGACAAAAGUCCUUGGGGUCUCCCCCAGAACGUGGUCCUGGACAAUCUGCUCAAGCCUUCAGGGUGCUGGAGGCUGCCUGUGUUUGGGUCUGGAGGUGGAUCAGGGAUGUGAUGGCAUUGCCAGUUCCUUGGGAAAGUCCAAUACUCCUCAUUUCCCAGCUGCCUGGCACCCGCAGCUCACCUGCAGGGGCUUGGGGGGAGGCUGAGCUGUGCUGGGGAGGUGCUGAGGCAAAAAUCAAAGAGCACAAAUUUCUGCUCGAGAAGGAAUCCCCAUCGUUGUCUUUCCACUUUUGUCCCUGGGUCACCUCUCCCCCAACAAAGGGGGAUAAUUUGUCCUUUAAAUAAUUUGUCUGGGGAUCAUCUCAGCCCUUAAUUGGCUCUGGUGGCAUUUCCAGUGCUGUGCAAAAUGUGUUUGGAUCCCUCUUCUCCUCCUGAACUCCCUGAGAAGUGUCCAGCAGCCUCUGGAGCAGCAGGCUGAGCCUGCCCUGCACCUUUCCCAGAGGAUUGGAAUUCCUGAUGUUUUCCUGCACAUCCUCAGUGGCUCUGGGGGUGAGGAUUCCAUGGGAAUGCUGGAUCCUGGGCUGGGAAUGGCACAGCAGCAGUGCUGCAGCAGCUCCAGGCAGGGCUCAGGGUGUGGAGUUUGCCUUCCCUGCAGACAUUCCCACUGUGCCUUUCCUUUGGAGGGCACAGCUGCCCUGGGAAAAGGGGAACUGCAGCCAGCAGCCCUAAAGGAGAGGGAUCUUUGUGUCCAGAGGGAUCCCCACUGACCCACGAUGGUCAUUCCCAGGAAAACAGGAUGGGUAACAGCACUGGGAUGGGAGCUGCUGGUUGCACAGAGCAUCCCAAGGUCAGAGAGGACUCCUGAGGGAUCCAUCACCUCUGGAGCACAGCUGGCUGCCCCUCCAGCCCUGGGACAGCCAGGGGAAGGAGCUGGCAGCAAUUCCCAGCCAGGAGGAGCAGGGGAGAGCAGCUCCCACUGGAAGAGAGCCACACUCACAGGACUGAGGCAAACACAGCGGGGAGGGGGGUUUGCAGGAUUGCCUGGACCUUUCCAGGAUCAUUCCUGCCCCACCAGCCCUGUGUCACUCCUGCUGCAGCUGCAGCAACAACAGGUUCAGCACCUUCCCUCUCCUGUGCCCCCUCCCUGGCCAAAGCCAUCCAUGCCAAUGAUCUCUGCUCAGCCUGGGGAUUUGUGCUUUAAUUACUUUUUAAAAAAGGAGCUUCAGCUGCUUCAGGUGUAAAGAGGAAGGACUGAUGGAGGUGAGAGGCUUUGUGUGGUCUCCACAUCCACGUGCAGUGCCUACCUGUGCUCCCAGCUGGAAGUUUGGAAGUUUCUCCUCCAAAUCAAAGCACUCCCAACUUUCCAGUCGUGCUGAUUUGUGCCAAACUCUGGGGUGACACAGCUGGAGGCUGCCAGGAUGAAUUCCUUGUACAUGUUGCUUAUGCAAGCUGCCCAAACCCAGGGUUCUCCCACUGCCUUAACACUCCAUCCUCCAUCUGGGAAGGGUUCAGGUGCUGUGGGCAGGAGUGUCCUGCUGGCUGUGGCACAGGGGCUCCAGAACUGCUGGAGCACUUAAACCAUUUAACCAUAAAACCAUAAACCAGAGGUGAAAUUAAAAGUAUCCAAUCCAGAAGUCAGAAUUCAAGUGCUGCUUGAGCAGUGCUGGCUGCAGAAACAACAAUGCCACAGCCUAAAAAAAAAGGGAAUUUUGUGUCUACAAGACAGCCCUGCUUUAAAUAAUACAGAUUUCAUGCUAAUGUAGCUGAUACUUGAUGUACACAGAGAAGCAUUAGUCAGUGAUUACACCAGAAAAACAAACCCCUCACCAGCUUUUCAUCUCCCAAAGCAGCAUUUUAGGCCUCUGGACAAAAUCCCAAGUGAGAAUGUUCUGCUGGAAUUUGGCCACUGCAGAGCCCAGAGCUGCUGCCCCUGGUGCCCAAUAUGUUCAUAAAUGGCCUUUCUAAAACUCACAAAGAUCUGUACAGUUAAUACCGAGCUGAAGUUACUUUUGUUUUUACAGUGCUUGGGGGAGCAGGUGGAUAAAUAUGGAUUUUCCUGAGGUAAUUCAAAAAUUCCAAGGAUCAGCUCUGGAGGAUAAUUUGGGUGCUCUGGAAAGCAAAAGCUGGUGGGUGCAGCUAGAACCACCAACAGAGGUUUGAGGGCAAUUCUUGGGGGAAAAAAAAUGGAUUUCAUGGAUUUGGGCAGCUCCUGUGCCUGCUCUGCUCAGUCCCAGGGAAGUUUGAACAAAGUGGUUUUUAAGGUCCCUUCCAACCCAAACCAGUCUGGGAUUCUGGGCAUUAUCUGAGCAACAGGGAACUAAAGCAGUUUUGUUUUUCCAAGCAUAUUUAAUGGCCAACUCUGCAUUUUUUGAAGCCUGUGGAGUUGCAUCCGUGGACUCAGGCAGCCUCUCCAUUUCCCAGCCUGCUCUGACACCAGUCAUCCAGAAACUGAGGCAGAAUUUAGGGAAAUAUCCCAAACAUGCUGGGAAUGCUGCCCCCACAUCUCCUGUAGGAUUUCUUGGGAGUUUGUUUGUUCCAGGAUGCACACAAAGCUUUGCAGCACUUUAACUCUGAAAUAACAUCCAGACUGGGAAUUUCACCUUUUUGCUCCCCUACCCAGCAGCAACUUCCAAAAAUCUUUGCCCAAAUUAUUAUUAUUACUAUUAUUAUUAUUAUUAUUAGGCUUUUCAGGUCAGGAAACCCCACAGUUUUCCUAUCCAAACCACAAAUAUUUGGAAUACAGAUUAAAUAUUAAAUACUGAUUUCAUACAGCUGCAUGAGAAAAAAAAUAAAACACCUUAGGAUUUGGAAACCCUUUAUCCUGUGUUUUACACUUUGUUUUUAGCACAAUAUUCCAGGCAGAUGCAAUAAAAUUUGGGCCUCCCCUACUUCAUGCCCAGAUUUUUUCAUACUUUUAAGGUUUUUCACCUUUUGCCAGGCUGCUCACACUAAAAACUUCCCUAAGAAUGGCUUGGGGCAGAAACAGGAGCUCAGUUAGGAAUUUUACAGCCUUUUAAGCAAUAAUAAAGUCAGAAUCAAAUACAAGCCAGAUUUGGAAAUUAGGUUGUUUUUUUUUGGUUUUUUUUUUAGGAAAACCAGGAGCAGGAUGGAUGUUUUUCCAAUGCUGCUGGCACUGUAAAUGACAAUUAAUUUCAGGUGGCACAAAGAGAUCACUGUGUAUAAACCUAACCUGUGAGCAGUGUCAGCAUUUGGGGCAGAAAAGCCCCAAAUUCCUGCAGGUGACAGGAGAAUUUCUGGCCAUCCUCACCUCCCCAGGACUCUCAUUCCUCCCUCACCACGAGCACUCUCUGCUUGAUCCAUUUUCUGAAGGCAGCAGAGUCA